UAUUUUCAUGGCUGCUUGGUUGUCAAGUACUUUUACUCAGUGUGUAUUAAGUGUGCAUACACCAUGAACAACUGAUUGUUCAUUCAUACCUAAUAUGUUUCUGUGUUACUGGAAUUUAAGCAAGUUAACAAUUACAAAACUGUUUUUGUUCAAAAUAACUAUUUCAUAAUCAUAAGCAUAGCUGGUUUUGAGAGGAUUUUGUGUGACACUGUGGAGACUAUCCAGCUUCAUCUACAUCAUUACUUUAUAUGCAGGUGCAGUAUACACUGUGUGACCUGUGAAUGUGAUGUUUCGGGGUCGACAGCUAUGAGGAAUUCCCCUUAAGGGAUGUUACCUGUCUGCUCGAUAACUCUUACUUACAAUUCUUCAAUUGCUGUGAUCUUUCUUCAGGUUUAAAUGGCUAGAUAAUACACUGAGUGUGAUCUGCCUUUAAGGAACACAGAACAAGUGAUAACAAGAAGGACUAUAAUUGGUCUUGAAGCUCACGUUUUGUGAUAACUUUACAAGUUUUCUUAUGUAAUCAAUAUGAGUGUCUUUAAUGGUGUGUGUGUGUGACCCAAAAAUAAUAUUAGGAAGGUUGAAUAUUUGUUCACGGUAUUGGUGAUGUGUCAAUGAAGUGUACAACUGUUAUACACCUACGCUCUACAGCCUCAAUUUAAAAUGAGAUGCUGAUGCUAUUUUUAGAAAAACAAACAUCUGUUGUCAUGAUUUUUUUCUAUUGUUGAACUGUGAGGGAUUUAAUUCUUAGUUGUGUGUGGAUUUACUUUUCUUAUAAAUACAUAUGAUAUGUUGAUAAAGAUCUAGUACACAUAUGCGAAAUCAAUUUGACAUUUUCUUGGUGAAGUAAUACCUAAAACAUUGACUAGCAUCACUUAUGGGGGUGAGAUGGUUAAACCUGUCUGAGGUUUAGAAUAACUGAACAGCUGGAUAGCUGGAUAUUAUACUGGAUGUAUAUUUCGCAGUUAACUUUCCUAUCAGCAAACACAUUAAUUAUGAAUCAUUGUGUUACUGGUUGUGGAUUAUACUUACAUCUAGCUUGAUCAUGAAUGAGUGUAUAGAUUGUGUAAUAUCGUGCUCAUUCUUGGAUGUACUGGACUGCCUUAUGUGAUUGUACUUCUCCGUUGUUUUGCUGGUCACGGUAUUACAUAAUAAACAAAGGCUUGUGGAAAUAAUGUGUUGUGAAACAAAAAGGAAACUUAAAGCUAGUCAUCUCUUUGUCAAAACAGUGUUAGUCAGCACAAAAACAGGAAGUUAGAGUCACUCUCGGGCGUAUUAUCCAAAAAUUGAAGUUGCUUGUUGAUAAAUAAAUCAGGAAGGAAACCUUUGUGGUUCAAAUAUAGCCAGACCAUUGAUAUAAGGGAUACACAAAUAACUGCAGCUGUAGGCCAUAUUCCGUGCAGUCGCUACCUCCAUGCAGCUUGCAAAUGGUGAGUGGUCAGUGGUCUCCUAGCAACGGAAUGGUCGACAUGGAUACGUCAGGGUCCGGAGGUGUAAAGGACCCCUUGCCUGUUGCCGACCGUACGCUUUGGCUCAAACGAGAGCAGGAGUCUCACAUGCAGAACAUGAAGCUAAAACGCCAGGUGUCGAAAGGUCGCCAUGUACCGAUGGUUUACGGGCGACUAGCGGAGGCGGAGCAAAUUGUCAUCAUGACAGACGCGCUGCAGCAGCAGCAGGAAAUGGCCGCCAUGCAGAAUAGAAUACCAACAAACUUCCGUGACGCGUCUGCGGCACCCCUACGCAAGCUGAGCGUCGACCUCAUAAAAACGUACAAACACAUCAAUGAGGUGUACUAUGCAAAGAAGAAGCGGCGUGCGGCUCCAGGUGCGCAGGGUGAUGAAAGCGGGCACAAGAAGGGCAAGGUCAACGUGCACGCGUACAACGACGGCUACGAUGACCCAAACCACGACUACAUCGUUAACCCUGGCGAGAAAUGGCUCGACAGAUAUGAGAUCGAUUCGCUAAUCGGGAAAGGCUCCUUUGGUCAGGUGGUAAAGGCUUAUGAUCAUGCAGACCAGGAACCUGUGGCCAUCAAAAUCAUCAAGAACAAGAAACCAUUCCUCAACCAGGCCCAGAUAGAAGUGAAACUUCUAGAACUCAUGAACAAACAUGAUGCAGAAAACAAAUAUUAUAUUGUGAAACUAAAGAGACAUUUUAUGUUCAGAAAUCACCUGUGCUUAGUGUUUGAACUUCUUUCCUACAACCUGUAUGACUUGUUACGGAAUACAAACUUUAGAGGCGUCUCAUUAAACUUGACUAGAAAGUUUGCCCAACAGUUGUGUACGGCAUUGUUAUUUCUGGCCACGCCAGAGUUAAAUAUAAUUCACUGUGAUUUGAAACCAGAGAACAUCCUUCUGUGCAACCCUAAGCGUAGUGCAAUUAAAAUUGUGGAUUUUGGGAGUUCGUGUCAACUUGGUCAAAGGAUAUACCAGUACAUCCAGUCUCGGUUUUACCGUUCUCCGGAGGUGUUACUUGGAAUCCCAUACGACCUCGCCAUCGACAUGUGGAGUCUGGGCUGUAUCCUCGUGGAGAUGCACACUGGAGAACCGCUCUUCGCGGGCUCAAACGAGUUUGAUCAGAUGAUGAAGAUAGUAGAGGUCCUAGGAAUGCCGCCAAAACACAUCCUGGACCAGGCCCCGAAGGCCCGCAAGUACUUUGACCAGCUCCCAGAUGGAUCAUACAUCUGCAAGAAACCCAAGGAUGGCAAAAAGUACAAGCACACGGGGACGCGGAAGCUUCAUGAUGUUAUUGGGGCAGAGACGGGAGGUCCCGGAGGACGGCGGGCCGGAGAGCCAGGCCAUACUGUUGCAGAUUACCUGAAGUUCAAGGACUUAAUCCUCCGCAUGCUAGAUUAUGACCCCAAGACCCGGAUAACGCCGUACUAUGCGCUCCAGCAUAAUUUCUUUAAGAAGACGACGGAUGAGAGUACUAAUACAUCAAACAGUACAUCAACGAGCCCGGCUAUGGAGCAGCACAACGUGGCCAGCCCCACAGUCGGCUCAUCAAGUAGCGGUCGAGCGCGAUCGGAUCCAACACACCAGCACCAGUCCCAUCUGCAUGUGCACUCCCACUCUGCACACCAGGGGAGCCUAGGAGCGCCCGUGCAGUACACCACCAUGGAGUGUGAGAGUCCCCAGGGUACUGGUACCCGUGGGCACGGCGGGCAGUCUGGGCAUGGACAACUCUACCCCCAACAGAGCUGGCCGGGAGAUGCCCGCGGAGGGAUGACAGGCUCACAUUCCCAGCAACAACAGCAGCAUCGGCACCACCGCCAGCAGUCACCUCCUUCUAGUGGGACACAUGGACAGCUUUCGUCAGCACAUGCACCGUCAGCAAGUCUCAUAAUUGCCCCUGGGUUUCAAUCAUCAGCCACUCUGCCACCACAGCCGGGAAGAUCAGUUGACAUUGUUCCUGGAGGACACACCCGGGUACACAGUAGCUCAGAUCCCCCGCAGUUGAGCCCAAUGAACAUGAUGCCAGGCUACCCGCCCGCGAAUUUUGGACAAUACCCACAGCCUCAGUGGCCUGGGAGUGCUUUUCCAUUCACCAUAGCAACUUCUGUUGAGACCCAACAAAUUCCGGGGCCUGAGAACCCCAGUAUACAGCACACACGAACUAGCACAGAGCGAGGGGACGAAUCCCCCAUGGUUGGUGUUGUAGUACAACAAAGCCCGGUUGCUAGUCAUUGACGGCAGCUAAGCCCUAGGUUUUAUGUUUGAAUUAUUGGUUGUUUGUCACUGCCAGAGACUGAGCUGGAGUCUGCCGUGCUUCUAUCCAGCAAGGCUGCUCGACAGUCAACUGCUGAUGGAAGGGGCUUCAGCAGUUAAGCUGUCUACGGAUAUGUUUCAUGCUUAUGUUGUGUUAAGCUUACAAAGUGUGCUCAUUAUUCUAGACCUGGCGGAAGCUACUGUUAGUUGCAGAGUGGGAUGUGGUUGAUUUGAUAACCUUGUGAUAAUGUGAACAGUCAGAGACAUCAUGAAUGCGGACUGACAUGAGGGGUUGUCAUACAAGCUUGAUUAGAACAUGCGUGGGAAAUAUGAGCAACUGAGUGAUUAAGAGAAGAAAGCUUCUGAAGCUUGUGGGUAGGACGAAUAUGGAGUUGUGAAAGGAAAAUGGUGACAAAACAAACACUAGUGGGUUAAGAUUGACACAGACUCGUGGUCCAGGCUCGUGUACCAAUCCCCAACAGCUGUGUGCCAAAUCUUGGCUGAUAUGUGUUGUAUAUCUAAGAGAAACGGGGUGUUAAACAUUCUUAGCUUGAGUGGAGGCUCAAGUAGUGGUCAUUGCAUCACAAAUCACUUGAUGGACAAGCAUAGGGUCGAACUUCUGUAGGUGAUAUAAUUGUAAAAUAGAAUAUAUUUGAAUCGUGUUGAGAGAAAUAGCUAUAAAAUUUGGACAGUGUGACUGUCAAUAUGUAUUUACGAAUGUUUUGGGUGCCAUGGAAUGGAGUAAUUCAUUAUCUAUUCUAAUGAACAGCCAUUGUAAUGUAUGUCCUAAGAAAUAUGUAAACCUUUUAAAUAGAUCCUUUAUUUUAAUCAUUUCUUAAAAGAGAAGUACUGGCUACAGUUACCAUGAUAAGUAAAGUAAAACAGAAUUGCGGUUACUCUGUUUGAUGUCACCCCUAGAGAUGUGCAAGGAAAAUGUAUGAAUAAUUCAAAUAUCUGCAUUUUGGACUUUUCUGAUUAUGUGCAUGUCUGAAGUAUCUGAAUAUGUUUAUGUCAGAAUUAACAGAAGAUGUGCAUGUAAGGAUUAUCCAAAUAUGUGGAUCGAAAUCAACUGUUUAAAAACACGAAUCAGUGCGGCAAAGUAUGUAUUUGUGUAAUAUGACUGAAAUUUACUCAAACUGUAGGUUUAUAUAUACUCUAGUGAUUGAAAAUGACUUUACAGGCAAUGAAAGCAUCAAGUUCAACUAAACAGUAUUGUCAUAACUUCAACAAAAACCAUACUGUAGGCGCUAUUCAUUCAUUUAGAAAGUCUAGAUUCUUGGCAUUACAGUAGGUAUAUGGUCGCUAGCAAUGAUCAUUAUUAGUAUCAAUGACUUAUAUAAGAGGCUCUCUAGUUGAAUUAAGGGCAUUCAAGGUUUUGUACUUUUAUGCAUAUAUCUUUUAUGAGUUUUACACGUGAAAUUCAUAGGGUACAUUAUACAAACUCUUACUAUUUACUAUGCAAACUUAUUUAUGAGUUACACUCUGAUUUUAGCAUAAAAAUAUUUUAUUUACUGUACUAGCAAUCAAUUUAAUGUUUUUCAGAUUUUUAAAAAAGAUCUGAUUUUAAUCUAUUUAUUUAUCUAUCUACUCGGACAAAUACUGAGAAGAUUUUUAAUUAUUAUUACAUUCUCUGCAAACUGUACAUAAACUUAAAAUGUUUCAAGAACCGCCAAAUCAAGAUGUCACUUGAUGACAAUGUUAGCUCAGAUAGGGGAAAGGGUGACGUUUUAAGUGUUUCCCAGGAUAAUAUGACAUUUUUAAUAUUACCUCUUUUCUAGUAUUUACGAGAUUAACAUUGUUAGCAAGAGUAUGCUGACGGAAUUGAACGGUCUUGUCAAUUAUUACGGUGCUUUAGUUGAUGAACAUUUAAGAUCUCAAUAUUUCGGUUAUGUAUGCUUACAAUAGAAAUGAAUAGAUUUGUUCCGGCCUUGCUUGUCUUGAAAACAGUUUCAGUUGUUAAAAGAGAUGGAUUCUAAAGUUCUGAUUUCAGUCAGGAGUCACUGAUGAUUGCCUUAAAAAGAAUAAAAUACGGAUUAUGUCAGAUUUUUAUUUUAGAAUUGAAUGUACAGAAACUUUUGUUGUGAAUAAAAUACUAUGUGAAAUCAUUGUUGCAUGUUUGAGAUGAAAGUUGGUUAUGUACAAUUGAAAUCAUGUCAUUCAGAUGUAAAUAUUGUGAUAAUCUAAUUUAAUGAAAAUCAAUGACCAUGCCAAACAAACAUUGUCACCUUGUUUCUCCAUAACUUUCCUAUAUGCAAGGGAAUAUUGUAUUAGUUUUACACAUUCAGUUGUCAAUUAAAUUUCUAAUUGUAUGUUUCGCAAAAAAUACAAUUAUAGCCUCAACAGCCAGACAGUUUAAAAGAAAUGUCAUGCAGAUUUUGGUUAAAAAUUUAUCUUCUAUUUUCCUUCCGUGUUGAUGCUUCAUAGAAUACCACAAAAUGUUAAGUACUUGAAAUGUACAAAUUAUAUGAUCACUUAAAAGUGACCAUUAUUUCAAUGAUGUUUUCACUUUUUCUUCUUAAACUGUUCUAAGGUUUUCUUAAACAUUUGCAUGUAUUAAAGUUUAACCAUGGAAGAUUCAUAUGAUGGUAAACUUUCAACUGUUAAAGACCUUUCUAUUAUUGUGAAACUGAGAGUCCGAACAGUCAUGUUUUAAAGAUAAUAAUGAUGCCAUAAUGGUCACACAAAAGCUAAUAAAUAUUCUUUAUUUUUCUAUAUCUGCAUUUUUUCACAGACUUCUUUUGUUUUCUAUACAUUCAACUCUUGCAUUCAGAACAUCCACAUGAUAUACAUGUUUUUGUUGAAAUGUGUCAGAUGACUUGUAAUUUACCAUUUCUGCUCAUUAAAAUAACAAUUCAAAUGGCAUA